AUGGAUUCAUCGCCUGCUGCAAAGCGACGUCGUCAGAGCAAAGACAACGAGAUUGAAUCAUCAACGCCGCUGAAACAACCGUCACCCGUGGUUAUCUUCGCUCAUGGUGCCGGUGCUCCUUCCUCUUCUGAUUGGAUGCUAAGAUGGAAGAGUAUGUUGAAGGAAACCUUACACGCUGCUGAUGUUGUCACGUUUGACUACCCUUACAUGUCUGGUGGGAAGAAGAGGGCUCCUCCUAAGGCAGAAAAAUUGGUGGAGUUUCAUUCAAAUAUUGUGAAGGAGACUGCAACCAAGUACCCUGGUCAUCCUCUCAUACUGGCUGGCAAAUCAAUGGGUUCAAGAGUUGGAUGUAUGGUGGCUAGCAUGGAAGACAUCAAUGUUUCUGCUGUACUAUGCCUGGGCUACCCAUUAAAGGGAAUUAAUGGUGCAGUUAGAGAUGAUACACUGUUACAGCUAACAGUUCCUACAAUGUUUGUCCAGGGCAGCAAGGAUGGUCUAUGUCCACUUGAGAAGUUAGAGACCACUCGGAAGAAGAUGAAAGCGCUCAAUGAGCUGCAUGUCAUUGAUGGUGGUGAUCACUCUUUUAAGAUUGGUAAAAAGCAUCUGCAAGCAAACGGUUCCACUCAGGAUGAAGCCGAAGUUGCUGCUGUGAAGGCCAUUGCUGCUUUCAUUUCCAAAUCUCUUGAAGGAUGAUGAUGCCCCCAUCUUAAGUCGAUUCUAGUGUACGGAGGUUCGUAUAUACACUUUGUUGUAUCUAGCUUAGUAGUAAUCUAGGCCCUGUUCUUGCCAGUUGGCUGUAGUUAUAUUUUUGGUGAUUUGGUCAUGUUUAUGCCCCUGCUAGGAAAGUAGACAUACAUGACUUUGUUGUUUUCACAGUAUUAGAAGCUUACUUGAUGACAACAGGGCUGUUUAAUUUAAUGCAGUUUUACAUAUCUGUGUUAGACUUGGUAAGUUGGUAAGAAAAACAUUUGACAUCCUAUUAUGGAACAUAUACCAGAGAAAGUAGGUAAAGUUCAAUUUUUUUUAUUCA